AUGAUAUUAAAUUUAUAUUAUAAAUUACAAAAAAAUAUUUUAUUAAAAAAAUUUAAAAAUAAAAAAAAUAAUAUUAAAAAAUUUAUUUAUAUAAAAAAUAAAUUUAAUAUAUUAUUAAAAAGUAAAAAUUCAAAUAAAUAUAUAUAUAAUAUUAUAAAUUAUAAAUAUAAAAAUUUAAAAAUAUUAUAUAUAAUAUCUAAUAAAUAUAAUAUUUUAUUAAUAAAAAAAAUAAAUUUUUGGUAUAAUAUUUUAUAUAUUAAUUUUAUAUAUAAUAAAAUAUACAUAAUUAAAAAUAUAUUUACAUAUUUUUAA